GUACACUUGUUUUCAUCUACUUCUUUUCCGCUGUGACAUACGAACUAAACUUCAUACAGUGGAGACUGAACAACUUGUUUAACAGCACAAUUUGAUUUAGUUUUCUGGGAACAUGUUGCUUUUUUGUCCAACUUGUGGAAAUGUUUUAAUUGUCGAAGAAGGACAGAAGUGCAUGAGAUUCGCGUGUAACACCUGUCCUUACGUACAUAACAUCACAAGAAAGGUAAAUAAUAGAAAAUAUCCUAAGAUGAAAGAGGUGGAUGAUGUGCUUGGUGGAGCUGCUGCGUGGGAAAAUGUGGAUUCAACUGCAGAAAAGUGUCCUAAGUGUGAACAUCCUCGGGCGUAUUUCAUGCAGAUUCAGACCAGAUCAGCUGAUGAACCCAUGACAACUUUCUACAAAUGCUGCAAUGCCCAGUGUGGACAUCGGUGGAGAGAUUAACACUUCUGCACUUGUGGUUUUGGGAUGUUUUAAGAUCAUUUGCAAUGUCUUUUUUGCUUUUUGGCACAUGUGUAUAUAUAAGGGAUGUAUUCUUUUCCUCUGUAUUUCAUAUUUAUUUACAGCACUGACUUUACACUCAUUCAUGUUGUAGAUGACAUUAAAACAAGUUUCCUUAAUGAUUUUUAUUGAUAAAAUAGUAGCUGUAUACAACAGUCAAAUUAAUUGUCUUACAUAGUUACAUUGUCACGGACAUAUAGAGCAGUGCAGAUCAGCAGUCUCCACAUCAAUAUUAAAAUUUUAAUGCAA